UAUAUAAUUUUAUUUUAUAAGAAUAAUGAGAGCGUGCAACAUGAGAAAGGGUCCUUAGCACCAACAGCAUUUUCACUCCAAAAAAAAAAAAAAAACUUGCCCUCGCCAUUUUCGCUCCUUAAAAAACAUCAUCAAGAACAACAAAAAGCACAGCAAGCGUGGUUGUCAAUGGGAGUCAACAUGUCCAACACGCCACCUCACACCAAAGACUUGUUUUCCUCUCCAGUUCUCUCUCUUAGCUUAGCUGGGAUUUUCCGGUAUGCUGGGGAGGCGGCGGAGACGUCCGGCAUGGAGAUGGCCGGCGAUGAGGUCCGGCAAGAGGAUACUGCUGAUAUUAGCAGCGACAACUCAGGACCCGUGAGAUCCAGGUCAGAAGAAGAUUUUGAUUGUGAUGAUGUUCAUGAUGGUGAUGACAAAGAUAACAAUGAUAAGAAUAGAAAGAAGAAGAGAAAGUAUCACAGGCACACCACUGAACAGAUAAGAGAAAUGGAAGCGCUUUUCAAGGAAUCACCGCAUCCUGAUGAAAAGCAGAGGCAAAAACUCAGCCAGCAACUUGGCCUUGCUCCAAGGCAAGUCAAGUUUUGGUUCCAAAAUCGUCGAACCCAAAUCAAGGCACUACAAGAGCGCCAUGAAAACUCAUUGUUGAAGACAGAAUUAGACAAACUUAGGGAGGAAACUAAGGCCAUGCGAGAAACCAUAAACAAAUCUUGUUGCCCCAAUUGUGGCAUGGUAACGGCUACCAUAGAUGCUUCCAUGUCCACUGAAGAAAAACAACUUCUUAUUGAAAAUGCCAAACUCAAAGCUGAGGUAGAGAAGCUCCGAACAGCUUUAGGGAAAUUCUCACCAAGGACAACGUCUCCUACUACAUCUUCUGCUGGCCAUGAUGAGGAAGAGAAUAGAAACUCUUUGGGUUUUUACAGUGUACUUUUCGGGCUCGACAAAUCAAGGAUAAUGGAUGUAGCAAACCGAGCAACGGAGGAGCUCAUAAAGAUGGCAACUAUGGGGGAACCAUUAUGGGUUCGUAGCGUUGAAACAGGUCGCGAAAUACUUAACUACGAUGAAUAUGUGAAGGAGAUGGCAGCUGAAAAUUCGGGCAGUGAAAGGCCAAAGACAUUCAUCGAAGCCUCAAGAGAAACUGAGGUUGUUUUUAUGGAUCUUCCUCGGCUUCUCCAAAGUUUUCUAGACGUGAAUCAAUGGAAGGAAAUGUUUCCGUGCUUAAUAUCAAAGGCUGUAACUGUUGAUGUUAUAAGCAAUGGCGAAGGUUCUAACAGGAAUGGUGCAGUGCAAUUGAUGUUUGCUGAGCUUCAAAUGCUCACUCCUAUGGUGCCCACCCGAGAAGUGUAUUUUGUGAGGUGCUGCAAACAGUUGAGUGAUGAACAGUGGGCAAUAGUUGAUGUCUCCAUAGACAAAGUAGAAGACAACAUUGAUGCAUCCCUUGUGAAAUGUAGAAAACGCCCGUCUGGGUGUAUUAUUGAGGAUAAGUCAAAUGGCCAUUGCAAGGUGAUAUGGGUGGAGCACUUGGAGUGCCAAAAGAGCACAAUUCAUACAAUGUACCGAACUAUUGUCAACAGUGGUCUAGCUUUUGGGGCAAGGCAUUGGAUAGCAACACUACAACUUCAUUGUGAACGUUUGGUUUUCUACAUGGCAACGAAUGUUCCCAUGAAGGAUUCAACUGGUGUUGCCACGUUGGCUGGGAGGAAGAGCAUUUUGAAGUUGGCACAAAGGAUGACGUGGAGUUUCUGCCAUGCAAUUGGUGCAUCAAGUUUUCAUACAUGGACCAUGGUCACAAGUAAAACAGGAGAAGACAUAAGGAUUAGCUCUAGGAAGAACUUGAAUGACCCAGGUGAACCUCUUGGGGUUAUCUUGUCUGCCGUUUCUUCUGUGUGGCUUCCUGUCUCUACUAAUGUGCUGUUCGAUUUCUUGAGGGAUGAAGCUCGUCGAAGUGAGUGGGAUAUCAUGUCCAGUGGUGGGUCAGUUCAGUCCGUUGCAAAUUUAGCUAAAGGAAAAGACCGAGGCAACGUUGUAAACAUUCAAAAAAUACAAUCAAAAGAUAACAGUGUGUGGAUCUUGCAAGAUAGCUGCACAAGUGCUUAUGAGUCAAUGGUGGUAUAUGCUCCUGUGGAAUUUGCUGGUAUACAAAGUGUGCUUACAGGAUGUGAUUCAAGUAAUCUUGCUAUAUUGCCGUCAGGAUUCUCAAUUCUACCUGAUGGGAUUGAGGGAAGGCCAUUGGUGAUUUCGUCAAGGCAAGAAGAAAAAUACACUGAAGGAGGCUCUUUGUUUACAAUGGCAUUCCAGAUUCUUGUCAACCCUUCUCCAACAGCCAAGUUAACAACGGAGUCUGUGGAAUCGGUCAAUAAUCUUGUGUCUUGUACAUUGAGAAAUAUUAAAACAAGUUUGCAGUGUGAAGAUGGUUAGUCAAGAUAAAAGAUAAUUAGAUAGAUCAUACAUAGGAUUUGAUUAGCUGCUAAAGUUACAGGCUUUAAUUUCUACCCCUUUUAAUUACAGUUGAGAUGAAUAUUUAGUGUUCCUUCAAAAUUAUAGGAGGCGAAAUUCCAUGGAUGGACUUUAUUUUACAUGGAAAACUCAUCUAUCCUUGAAUUUUGACCUCUAAUUAACUUUUAAGGAAUACCAAAUUGAGUCUUAAUUAGUAUCCAGUUCAGCAGUAGAAUAGAAUGUUUUUUAAUUUCUACCCGGCCCCUUAUUCUGGAUUAGUAUCAUUUGUCGUUUAUUAUUUACAAUAGGAAAUAGAAUUUGCAGAACGGCAAAUGUAUAUCUGCAUGAAGAGAGACAAAAAGCUUUUAGAUCCUACAAAUGUAGUAUUAUGCACAAGGUUACCAUUUAUUAAGGCCUUAUAUGAUGAUUUACUUUUUUGGCUCA